UGUGAUCGCGAGUGGACGCUUUCCGUGGUGUCUGUGUCCGAUGGCUUCGUUAAGAGUAUUUACCUUGUCCAGCAGUGGUCGAACGCAUUUCUCUUAAUCUACAUGUCUUGACUGAAGCUAGCGUUGCGGUAUUUGGCGAGGAAUGGUGCGUGUCUGAGCUAUGGAGCUACUUAGUGUCACUGUGAAGUGCUCCUGAUAAUGCCGUCCUGCUGCGUGCCAGGAUGCGAUGGCAGCACUGCCAACUCGUACCACCCAUUUCCCGAGAAAGGGGAGGACAGCCUGCGUGCCAAGUGGUUCACGGCCAUAGGCCUAGCCGAAGACGAUGUCGGUGAAGAGGACGAAUUGCGCGUUUGCGCUCGCCACUUCAGGCCGUUCGACUUCAUCGAGAGAGGUGUGGUGCGCAAGGGUGCGGUGCCUUCCGCGCGCCUCACACCAGCCUCCAACAUCAGCCAAACGAGUCCGGCCAAACGGAGGAAGAAGAGCGCCAGCAGGGAGUUGGAACACUUAGAGGCAUCCAACGUCAUCCUCGAUGAGCCCAACAGUCGGCCCUCCCGAAGAGCUGCUCGUGUGGCCGCCUUGAAGAUCUCAGACACGGUGAGAAAGUACAACCUGGCCGCGACCUCUGCUGCCGAGGGGGCAGACUCGGACGAGGACUUUGACCUCGCUGCCGAAGUCCGAGCCGAAGGAGGCUCCUUCGCCAAGCUACCGGUGUCACCCACAAACAUGAUGCUGAAGCCAGCGGCAGCAACAGCACCAGCCAAACAGCCUGCAAAAACACUGGUGCGCUGCAUUGUGGACAGCACAGCAAGUACAUUGCCCCUUGUACUGGAGUGUGAGGACGAACCCCUGACGCAAGUUCAGCGGGAAGCCCACAUGCUUGCCCAGAAUGCCUACAACCGCAGCAUGCGUCGCAUCAACGAAGCUCGGGCAAGAGGAGCCAAGCUCAUCUAUUGCUGUCCAAAGGAUUCCUAUAACACAAGCAAUGUGCCACCACCAGUGAAGAUAGCACCAAGCCCUACAUUACUAAAUCUGAUGUUUGAUCCUCGCACUGGUAUGCUGCUUGCACCUGGAAAUGCACAAGUCCUCAUCAGUGCACCAGCCAAGAGUAUUCCUGCCACUGUGGCUGCUGUGCCGAGUUCUUCUCCAGUGGUAGCCAACAUCGCUUCGGCGCCAUUACAAGUCACUCAGCCCCCUCAGCCACCUCAAGCGAAACCGACGCAGCAGCCUGCCGCUGCUCCCGUGGCACGUCAAGUGCCUCUCAUCACCGGCGGGAGCACUGCAGUGACGGCCAACUCCCUGCUCAUGGUGAAAGUGAUGCCCAGCAAGGUGCUGCCCUCCAAGGUGCUCCAGGAAGAGAUCCAGCAGUUGGAGGCCCAGUAUCGCAGGGUAGUGGACGGGCAGAACCCUGUGCCCUGGCUGGCGCAGCGUGGAGUACUCCAGACAGACUUGCCAUGCAAGUUCUGUCGCGACGGCAGGGCCCUGCUUGAGCCCGACAGUACAGCGAUCAACGGCUACAGCUUGCGCUGCCGCCAGGCCAGGUGCCACCGUAAGAGCCUGCUACAGCAGCCCACCUUCUUUGCACGCUUUGGGCUGCCACUGUGGAAGCUCAUUUGCCUGGUAUACCACUGGGCACGCCAGUCUGACCUUGCAACGGUGCUUUCAGAGGCCUUAGUGGAUAGCUUUGUGGUGCGCAAUGUGUGGCGCGGUCUGCAGGAAGUGUGUGCCCGUGCUGUGGCGAGACGGCGGGCCAUGCUCGGGGGACCGGGCAUCCAUGUUGAGGUGGCGACUGCCCAGCUGGGCCGGUACCUUAUCCUAGGCGCUCUUGACCGCUCCACUCUCGAGACAAGGCUCAAGGCAGUCUCGGUGGCCGUGGGAUGGAACUCACCUGUAUUCCUAAAGAGCAUCGAGCUGUGGCUGCGGCCGGGCUCUGUCAUCAUUACCGAGGACGCCAAGUUCAACAGCUUGGCCGAGCAAGGCAUUCCCGUACGCUGUGGGGCUCGCCCCGGGCCCGACUUGGUUCACGCCUACCUGAUGCGGCGUCUGACUGACGUCUUCGGCCACUUCAUGGUGAACCAGCUGAAGCUGGAGACGGUGCAAGGCUUUCUGGAUGAACUGCAGUGGCGGGAACGCUUUGCGAGCCACGCACGCGAGGCCUUCUGGCGCAUCUUGGCUGAUGUGCUUGACCACAGUGGGUGGAAGGUAUCCUUCGAGGACAUGCUUGGAACUGCUUCUGAUACAUCUGGCCAGAAGGUGCCCAGAGCAGAACCCGAAGUUAUAGUGUGUGACAGCAGCUCGGAGGAUGAAGGAGGUGCUGGGGACGAUAAUGGCGCGCCGAGUAAUAACAGCACAGACUCAGGAACGGCAGCUGACCAGUCCAAGGGAGCAGCUAAAACAGAACCUGGGGUGGAGACUGCCUACAGGGGCGAGAAGACUGGUGCACAGAACUGUGUCAUUUUGGAUGAGUACUAUUAUGCGAGAAAGAAGCCCUGCCCCGCUGAGAACCAGCUUGUAGAAACAAGAGGCGACUUUUGUUUCAAGUGCCCGAUCUGCAAGAAGUUAAUCACCAAUAACAUCAAGACUGUACAGCACAUCACCAAUCACAUUGAAGGGAGCCGCCAGCGGAACCCUGAUCUCACUGAUCUCACCAUUUGUAAAUACUGCUUCAAAGAAUUCGAAACCCCUUACAGCAUGCAGUGCCAUACAGAAGCGGCUCACUUAAAGCCGGAUGGCAUAGUGUGUAAAAUUUGUAGCCAAGAGUUUGAUUUGGUGUCUAGUCUCAUUGAUCACAUGAAGCUCUACCACAACCCAUCAGAAAUGCCCUACUCAUGUCAGCUGUGUGGCUUUCGCUCAUCAUUCCACAAUGAUGUCGUGAGCCAUUUUCAUGAGGAUCACCUAGGAACCAAUGCACUCCUGUGCCGUUUCUGCCUUCGCGUGUACAUAGUGAAGUUCUCGAACAACUGUGCCAGCAUAGGUGUGCAGAACUUUUACUGUCACCUGUUCAAGCACCUGGCGCGUACCUCCGCACGCCGUUGUCCCAUCUGCUGUCUGGUCUUUCUCAGCCACCUGGACAUGAAGGCGCACCGCGAGAAGGAGCAUGUGUCCAUGCUCCACGAAGCAGGAGUGGAGGUGGUGAAGACUACAGAUGCUAGUCCCAUACUUGUACCUGAGCCCCAUAUGAAGCCCCGCAGGACAGCUCUGAACAGUAUCGUCUCCCCGACCAACCUCCUGAACAGUUCCUCUUGCCGACCUCGCUUCUCAAUGCCCGCCGUUCAUUUGGAGCCACAGGCUCUGCACUGCACAUGUCUUGAGUGCCGCAAGCCAAUAGACGAGGAUCAUUUCAACCGUUCCGUGAGCUGCGGGGAGUGCAAGUACACGACCAACUGCACCAAGGCUUUCGCUGACCACAUGAUCUGCCGACACUCCUCUGCAGUCAAGAGCAGGGUGCCGCUCUUUCGUCUCGCGCCCCCCGCCCUCAGGAGGCCUGGAACUUGUCCAUGCGGCUUCCAGUCUAGCGAUGGCAAUACUCUCAUUUCUCACCUCGUGUCGUGUGACCAAACGACAGCUGCCGUCUCUGCGUGUGGUCCCACGACACGAACAAUGCGGCUGAAAUGCUUGACAGGCAACUCGGCAAACUACUUCCCGCCCUUGAUCAACUUGGACGACGAGGACACUAACCUGAACGAGCCAUUCUCGGAGGUGUUCUCAUCCAGUGUCUCCAGUGAGCUGCCAGCGACGGCACACUCACUCCCAGUCGACGCAUCUACCUCUUCUGUCCACGAGACAGAUGCCGAAGAAAGCGAGAGCCCAAACAUCUUGAAUCUCCUAGGGCUAAUGCGCAAGCCCUCGCACUCUUCGUUCAAGGACACCGAGUCGGACGACGGCUCUGCGAAGGCAACGCCAGCAUCGGGUAGCCCAGAGCGAUGCCUCGUGGGACCCAGGAGCGCCAAGAGACGGUGGGCCGCCAUGGGUAUGAUCCUGGACGAUGGGUCCGACUCAGAGCCACCGGUCUUGGAGCCACAGAACCGCACCGUGCGCCCAGCGACCCGCGUGGCCCGCCGUUGCCUCGACGAAGCCCCAAGUUUGGAGCCCCAGGUCGAGCUAGCAGGCGAGGAGGAAGAGAGCGAGCCUUCCGCGAGUGAGGAAAAGAGCAGGCCUUCCCCGAGCGAGGAAGAGAGCAAGCCUUUCGCGAGCGAGGACUGCCUCACCGACGCUGCCCUCGACGAGUGCAGUGCGGCGGAAACGAAGCCCGCAGGCAGCAAUGGCUCGGAGGACAGUUUGUGGCCUGCACUGGAUUCUUGCAUCAGGCUGGACAGCAGUGUUUAAUGUGUUGUUCUUUUUAUAUAACAGAGGGAAAAAAAUAAAUCAGUCUUCUAUAUUCUAUUUUGUUCAAA